AGAGGUUGUUGCAGGUUCUUCAAACGGAAGUCCCCGAAAUUACGAGGUGUAUUGAACAUAACAUGAAGAUAAACAGACGCACACUAUGCAGACAUUUGAGGUUAUCAACGCUACGGACUAUUUAGCUAACGAAACAUUGUUUUAAAGGGAAAGCUGCUCUGUAUGCUGCAUUUUUGUGUCUGUGAGACUCAAAGGGUAUCUAGUCACUCACUUUGACAAUCGCACACUAUCAGGAUGGUGUCAUACAAGCGGCUGAACCCUGAAGAUGUUCAGUUUUCCAGUGCACUUUUGUCAGAAGAGCCUCGUCCUGUCCAUGAAGAAGUUUCUGUUCGGGAGCCAGAGGAAGCCUCCUUGCUUCCACGGAGGCCGUCAUGCUCCGUCAACACAGGCCUUCUGUUGAUUGGCUGCCUGCUGCUGCUCCUCUGUGGAGGCUGGCUACUGGGCACCGUUUUCUGGCUGCACCGACCGUCCAACCAACAGCCACACAAACCACCGUCACCGGCCGGUGCACAAACCCCAGACUCUCAAAUAGACAUAGGAGUAAACGACGCUGCAGCCGCUUCCCGCCGCGAAGCUUGCAGUUUAAUCCCUGAGGCGUGGAGGUUUGACUGCUACCCUGAAAGAGAGGUGGUUGUGACCCGAGAGUUGUGUGAGGCAAGGAACUGUUGCUUCAUCCCUGCAUCCUCUCCCUCCUCCUCUGCCACCCACCAAUCAGGGAGAAAUGGUAUCCCUUGGUGUUUCUAUCCACAGGAUUUCCCUUCCUACUCGCUUGUGUCACUAAACGACACAUCACUGGGGCAGAAAGGUACACUCGUAAGGGAGGUGAAGACCUACUACCCAGCAGAUAUCCUCACUCUAGAGGUGGAGAUACGUCAUGAGACCGAUAUGCGGCUACGGGUCAGGAUUACUGACCCCUCUAAUUCACGGUUCGAGGUUCCAAUCUCUGUUCCCACUGCCGCCAAGAAGGCAGAAAGUCCAGUCUACACCGUAGAGUUUUCAAAGCAGCCAUUUGGCCUCAUUGUGAAGAGGAGCUCUACAGGAGCAGUGCUUCUGAACACCACAGUGGCUCCUCUCUUCUAUGCGGAUCAGUUUCUCCAGCUCUCCACCUCCCUGCAGAGUCAGUUCAUUUACGGCCUGGGUGAGCACCGCUCCACCUUUCUGCAUGAUGUGCACUGGAACACACUCACCAUGUGGGCCAGAGAUGUGCCUCCUAUGGAACGGACAAACCUAUAUGGAGCUCAUCCAUUUUACCUGGCAAUGGAGGAUGGAGGGAACGCACACGGCUUCUUCCUCCUGAACAGCAACGCAAUGGAUGUGAAGCUCCAGCCCGCCCCAGCCCUCACCUGGCGCACUAUUGGUGGAAUCCUUGACUUUUACGUUUUCCUUGGUCCUGAUCCUGCUUCGGUGAUUGAACAGUAUGUGGAAGUCAUAGGCUACCCAGCGAUGCCCAUCUACUGGGCUUUGGGCUACCAUCUCUGUCGCUGGGGUUACCACACUAGCAAUUCUACCUGGGAGGUUGUCAAGAGCUUGAGGAAUUAUGGGAUACCCCAGGACGUCCAGUGGAACGACAUCGACUACAUGGACCAAUUUCUGGACUUCACUUUUGACCCAGCAAAGUUCGGCACGCUGCCCGAUCUGGUCAAGGACCUGCACGCUCACGACCAGCGCUACGUCAUGAUCCUGGACCCAGGGAUCAGCAGCGUGCAGCCUGAGGGCUCCUACUGGCCGUACGAUGAAGGGCUGAGGAGGGACGUUUUUAUUAAAGACGCUGAAGGAAAAACACUCAUUGGGAAGGUGUGGCCUGGUCUGACAGCAUAUCCCGAUUUCUCUGAUGACGUGACACAUGAAUGGUGGCACGACAACCUUCAGAGGUUCUAUGAGAAGGUGCCAUUUGAUGGACUAUGGAUUGACAUGAACGAGCCGUCAAAUUUCCUGGAUGGGUCUACCAAUGGCUGUCCAUCAAGCAGUCUUGAAAAUCCUCCUUACACGCCCGGAAUACUGGGAGGUUUGUUGAGAGCCAAAACUGUGUGUGCCACUGCACAGCAAAAGCAGUCCGUACACUACAAUAUGCACAGCCUCUAUGGACUUAUGGAAGCUAAGGCGUCUGCAAGCGCUCUGAAGAGGAUCGUGGCAAAGAGACCUUUUGUGAUCUCUCGCUCCACAUUCCCAAGUCAGGGGAUGUACUCUGGUCACUGGCUGGGAGACAACCGGAGCCAGUGGAAAGACAUGUACACUUCUAUAGCAGGUAUCUUGACCUUUAACCUUCUAGGCAUCCCGUUGGUGGGAGCAGAUAUCUGUGGCUUCAGCGAGGAGCCGCAGGAGGAACUCUGUGUCCGCUGGACGCAGCUGGGAGCUUUCUAUCCCUUCACACGCAACCACAACGCCAUCGACAUGAGGCCUCAAGACCCGACAGCGUUCAGCCCUCUGGCUCGUACAGCCAUGAAGCAAGCUCUGCUGCUACGCUAUUCACUUUACCCCGUCCUCUACACUCUCUUCCAUCACGCACACAUACACGGACACACUGUCGCACGGCCGAUCAUGUUUGAGUUCCCAAAAGAUGUGAAAACCUAUGGGAUUGACAAACAGUUCCUGUGGGGGAAGAGUUUAUUGGUGACACCAGUAUUGGAUCCUGGAGUUGACUAUGUGGAUGGUUACUUCCCAGAGGGUCUGUGGUAUGACUACUACACGGGCGACUCUCUGCACAGUAAGGGUGAAGACCUUCGACUCCAUGCACCUCUAGAUAAGAUCAACCUGCAUUUGCGUGAGGGUUCUAUUACACCGACUCAGGCGCCCAACCUGACGCUGUGGGUGAGCAGCGGUCAGCCUCUCCAUCUGGUCUCCGCUCUCUCCGACGAUGGCUCAGCCAGCGGAGAUCUCUUCUGGGAUGACGGAGAGAGCAUCGACACCUACGAGAACAACCUGUACUCCUACAUCAUCUUCAAUGUCACUCAGAACGUGAUGACAUCACAGGUGCUCCAUAGCAACGUGGAGGCCACAUACAUCACCGUGGAGACGGCCGCCUUCUACGGUGUGAAGCAGAAGCCAAGCAGAGUGCUGGUGAACUCCCAAGAUGCAGCGUUCACCUACAGAGCCAACCAGGUGUUAACAGUUGCAGAUCUCGGUCUCAACCUCAGUCAGAACUUCACCAUCAGCUGGAUGUUCUGAAUCGGAUGUUGUUGUUUUUUUAAAUUGUUAGUUUUCUUUGCUGUUGGCUAUUAAAGUCAGAAGCUGGUACAAAGUGAAGUCUAUACGUUUCAGGACAGUGAUGUUUUGGCUCUGUACUCCAGAUCACAUAUGAGAUUAAAAGGUUAAAGUGCUUAUUUUCACAUUUGUUUUGAGUGAACAAUGUAGGACUUGUAUACCUUUUUACCGUAGGGGACUCUGCAUUUAAAAAAAAAAAAAAAAAAAAAAAAAGGGCUACAAUUCCAAACUCUUCAUCCAAUGUGGUUGCAAACACCGUCCGAUUUAAGCUGAGACUCACCACUUUAACCUCAUAGUCAUUGAGUACAGAGAUAAAAACAAGCGUCAGUCUGCCAGAACAGAUAAACAGGGUCUCUGGAGUGAAAAGGACUUAACUCAUAUUGAUAGUGUGACCUUUUAAAAAAAAUUGACAAAAACACAUGAAGGCUCAUGAAACCACAACACACAGCCUCUGACCUUCAGUAGUCUGGACACUGCUUUAAAUAUGCGUGUGGAAAAUCUAAUUUAAUGGGCGAUAACUUAACGCUGAUUUUAAACAAAAAGCAUGCCUUGCUACCUUUUUCACAUUUAUUUCAGUUUAUAGAUCAAAUCUGCAUUUUUAAAAAGAAAUGUUUUUUUUUUAUUCCCAUAAGCAGAGGUUAUGUGCAAUAAGUGAAAGAGAGGAUGGUCUACCUUUCUGAAUAUAGUUCAUGAUUUAAUUUGUUUCUGCUUGAAUGCUGUUUACAGCUUAUUUUUGCACUAAUUGCUACUGCAGUGUUGUAAAUGUAGAUACAGGUGCCUUAUGAUUCCUGUUUGUGUGUUUUUGAGCAUCUCUGGGUUUGUUCCAGAUGAUCCUUUUUGUUCAGCUUUAUAUUGUGAGCCUUUUUUUUUUUUUUUUGCUGAUAUAUGAUGUACUGCUAUGCAUGAGGGGUACUUUCAUGCAUAAAUACAGUAUACUAGACCAGCCAUAUGUGUUCUGCAAUCAUUUUACUGUGAAUUUGACACCUCUGAUGACAGAAUGAAACUAAAACAUAAAGAUACAUUUAUGAA